AUGAACAGAAACUCCACCCACAACAUUCCUGUCAAAGGAAAACCUCUCAAGCCGUUUAUUUCAAUUCUCAAAGCCCUUCUGCAGGACGAAAGGUUUCACCGUGCGAUAAAAUGGUCAGAAAACGGCAAUGCUCUCGUCAUUACUGAUGGCGAAACUUUCAAGAAGGUUGUUCUCGACGGAAGUGAAGAAAUGUUCAAGACAAGAAACUUCACAAGCUUUGUCAGGCAAUUGAACCUUUAUGGUUUUAAGAAAGUUCCAGUUAGUGGAAAAGGAGACCCGUCAAGGAAUAUGAGGUUUGAGCAUCAGCAUUUUCGACGCGAACAUCCCGAGCUGAUGCACCUUGUACAACGCAAUUGCAACUCAAGAAAGAAGAAAAGGCCUGAGAAUGUCGUGAACGGGAAACAACGUACUACGAAGAGGGCGUGUUCUUUCCAAGGCGGAACCUACCCAAGCAAGAGAAUGAAAGUCAAGUAUUUCUCUGACGAGUAUGCUGGUCCUGAUGAAGAUAAAAGUUAUAGCAGUGAUAGUGAAAUCCAUUCCACAAGUUCAAGUGGCAUCUCCAGCGAGCGCUCCACACCAACAAAAGAAGUAACGUUCAACUCUUCAGAUUCCAUUUACGAACCAACAGAAGAAGAGGCUUUGGAACAGGAUGAUGUACAAGAAUACAUGCUAAAGAAGCUCCAAGAAGAGCAAAUGGCUGUCCAGCUUCUAUUGAGCCUGAGAAACGCCGCUCCUUAUCUUUCAUCAGCUAUGCCAAUUUCUACAGUGACCAGCUACGAGCAAGCACCAUGUCCAUAUUAUUAUUCUGCCACACCCAGUUUUCACUCUCAGUAUAAUCAUAUGUAA